AUGUCUGAUUGGCAUACAAAUUUUCAAAAAAGAAUAAUAAUAGAUAAUGGUUCUUGGGAAAUUAGAUUAGGUAAUGCAACAAAUUAAAAUCCAAUGAUACUAUAAUAAAAUUUACUUGGAAAUUUAUUAUAUGGUGAAUAAUUAAAUAAUUAUCUUGACGAAAGUAAUUUAAUAUAUAUAAAGCCUUAAGUUAGAGGAGUAACAGUGGAUUGGGAUCAUGAGAUUCAUUUAUUAGAAAAAAUGUUAGAUGAUUUAACAGGUUUCGAAUAAAAAUAAAACGAACUAGCCAGUUAUUCAAUAAGUUAUAUAUAUAAUCCUUGUAUGCCUGAAAAAGUUAGAUAAAGAAUAAUUGAAACAUGUUUCGAAUAUUUUGGUUUUGAUGCUAUAUAUCCUGCCUUAUCUUAGAAAAUGUCUUAAAUUUUUUUUAAACACAAUUAUCCAAAUAAACUUAGUGAUUAAUUUUAAUUACUUAUUGAAAUAGGACAUUCAGCAACUUAUUUUGUCCCUUUUUUUGAUGAUGAAGUAGUUAAUUAUGGCAUAAAAAGACUAGAUAUUGGAGGUAAAUUGUUAAGUAAUCAUUUGAAAGAUAUAAUUACUUGCAGAUAUAUUUAAUUAAAUAAUGAUUUUCGAAUGGUUUCUUAAAUAAAAAAUGAAAUGUGUUUUGUUUCUUAAGAUUUCAUUAAAGAUAUGAAAAUGAAGUUAGCAUAUAUAAAUAAAAUUUAUUUAAUAAAAAAAAGGAAAAAUACUUUUCAAAAAUUUUUUAUUUUACCGGAUUAUGAUACCGGAAAAUAAGGAUAUGUAAUUGAAAAUUACGAUAAUUAAUCUAAUUAAGAAGUACUUGCACUCGAUAAAGAAAGAUUCACCAUACCUGAAUUACUUUUCUAUCCUUCAGAUAUUGGACUAAAUUAAAAUGGAAUUUCUUAAGGAAUUUUUAAUGUCGUAAAAGAAUUAAAUAUAGAUUUAAGGGAAUACUUUUUAGAAAAUAUAAUUUUAACAGGAGGUUCAUCAAAUUUUCAAGGAUUAAGUGAAAGAUUAUAAAAUGAAAUAAUAUAAAAUACACCUGAAUAUCUAUAAAAUAAGUUAAUCCAUAUAAAAGAAUAAUAUCCAUCAUUUAAAGGUUGUUAAAUAUUAGCUUAAUCUGAAAACUUCUAAAAUAUAGUAAUGAAUAGAAAUGAUUAUAAAGAAUAUGGUUUCGAAAAAUUAAAUUCUGUAUAUUUUAAUUGAAAUGUAUAUUAAUAUAAAAAAAACAACUU